CCCGAGUCGGAACUGGAAGCUGUGUGCACAAGUGAGCAGCUGCUGCUCGAAAACACAGCCGCAAAUACUCGCAUUUUCUGUGUUGAAGCGCCGGACGGGAACGCUUCUCCGAUGCCAACAGAUGCCCGUGGCGCUCUGGCACCACCUGCUCCUGCUUCUGCUCGAGCUACAUAUCUGUCUGCUGACAUUUGUAGUGGCCAACAACGAGGCCAACGGGCGUAUUGUUGGCGGUAUUCCGGUGGACAUCGGUACCGUACCCUAUCUGGUAAAUCUUCGCAUUGGAGGAAGCUUUAUUUGCGGCGGCUCGCUGGUCACAGCCACGCACGUGGUCACGGCGGCGCACUGCGUGAAGGGAGUCGGAGCCGCCAGGAUCCAGGUGGUGGCUGGGACCACGCGACUCACGGAUCCUGGCGUUAGGAGCGUCGUAGCCAAGGUAUACACUCCCAAGGCGUAUAGCAGCCGCACCCUGCACACAGACGUCGCUGUGCUGAAGCUUAAGACGCCUCUGACCGGGCCGAAGAUAGCUACCAUCGAGCUGUGCAACUCCAGCUGGAACGCCGGUGACUUGAUCAAGGUCUCCGGCUGGGGACUAGUCUCGGAGCGCAGCAAGAGUGUCUCCGCGCAGGUGCGCAGCGUGGACGUAGCUCUGAUCCCUCGCAAGAGCUGCAUGAGCAAGUACAAGCUACGGGGCACCAUCACAAACACCAUGUUCUGCGCCUCCGUGCCGGGCGUAAAGGAUGCAUGCGAGGGAGACUCGGGCGGACCCGCCGCCUACCAGGGCCAACUGUGCGGCAUCGUCUCGUGGGGUAUAGGCUGUGGGCGCCGCAACUCACCCGGCGUCUAUACGAGUGUCAAGACUGUUAGAAGUUUCAUCGACAAGGCAUUGAGUAUGUAAGCAAACCCUACCCAAUAAACCUUCUAAGCACACGCA